CUUGUGUAGGAUGAGCGGUACGGAAGAAGGAUGGACAACUUGAUUACUUUCGAAUCUUCAUAGUUUCUAAUCUUCUGUAAGCAAGGAUAACUGUUUUUAUAACUUGCUUUUUGAGGGCAUUAUGAAGGUUGCAAUCCAGGUGAAGUUGGGAGACGAUAAAGUUCAAAUCCAUGCCAUGUCACAAGUCCGUCAAGUUCAAAUUUCAAGUUGCGAGUCGAUCAAAAGGUCAAAUCCCUGUCGAGUAUCGAUCAGUAUGUCAGGUUCGAGUUGUGGUUCAGUUAACUUCAGAUCUGCAUCAAAUCACCAGUCAGUCAAGUUCUAAUAUAAGAUUUGGGUCAGUGAAUGUGUGACUGAAGUAUGACUCCAAACGGAGUCACUAACUUGUUAAUUUGGUGCAACAGUGUAUUAACAGGUUGUAAUUGGGCUGGUAUGAUUUAUUUAUUUUUUUUCUUUCCUCACUGUUUCUCGAUAUUUCUACCUGAGCGGCUGCUAUAUCUGUGUGAAAAUUAACAUUCUGUGUACGUGUGAAUUUUCUUGGGUACCAUUAUUUUAAAGGAGACACAGUUUGGUGGACUAUCUAGACUGGUACCCAAAUCCGUAGAUGGUGAUCUUUUGAAAUUUUAUGGAGUAUGCGUCAUACUGAUUAAUUCUGCUUGGUAUUGUGUGUGUGUGUGUGUAUGUGUAUAUACUGUACUUAAAUUUUUUUUCAACUGUUGCACUUGUGCCUGAUGUUCUUGUUCAUUUGUUCUUGUCUUACAGGAGCCUCGAGGUCAGGAUGAUGCAAGAACCAGGAUCUUUGGUGGCUUAAUUCCUCUGGGAGGAAAAGACAGAUUAGGGAGAAGUAGAGCAAGGUGACAGAGGACCAUGCACACGUUCUCUUGUCCACUGGAUGCAAGAUAGCUGCGAUGCCCUUUGCUAUUUAAAAGAAUAUACUAAUCUAUCUCCUACUUGAGCCCUUUUAUGAGGCAUACCACUUGCCUCAGCUGUAUUCACAGACCGAAAGUUUGAGAUCCUUUUAAAAGACUGUCUAUUUUUCUGACCUCUCUUGCUGUCUGAAGGGUGCCCACUGAUGGAGAGAAGAAGGAGAGAUUUUGGAGAAAAUCAAGACAGAACCAGAGAGUGAGAGAGAAACUGAAUAGAAUCUGCUGAACAGGCAGCACUGGGAAUACGGCCCUUGGAGAUUCUGAGCGUGCUACACUACCGUCUGUUACAUAAUCCCCCUUGGAGAAGGAAAAGUGUUUUGACCGCUAUCUUACCCAAUAUUAACCUCUGUUUAUAAAACCAAACUGACCAUUUUUCAGGAAUUAGUGUUCGUUUGUGGUAGGAUGACGAGGAAAACCAGGUCUUCAUGGUGGCCCCUGUGGCUGUUGGCCUUAAUGGGGUACUGUUGUUCUACAGAGGCCCUGGAGUUUGGGGGAGCACCGGGACAGUGGGCUCGCUAUGCCCGCUGGGAGGCAGGCUCAAUCGGAGAGCUAAGCUUCAGUCUGAAGACCAAUGUGAGCAAGGCCCUCGUACUGUACUUGGAUGAUGGCGGCAACUGCGACUUUCUAGAGCUCCUGAUCGCAGAGGGACAUCUGAAGCUGCGUUUUGCCAUCCACUGCGCUGAGCCAGCCACCAUCAACAUGGAGACGCGCGUCAGUGACGACCGCUGGCACAUGGUCCUCCUCACACGCAACUAUCGUGAGACUAUGCUUAUGGUGGAUGGUGAGACCAAAGUGGCAGAGGUCCGCUCUAAGCGCAGGGAGAUGGCCGUGGUCAGCGACCUAUUUGUGGGAGGAAUUCCACCAGAUGUUCGCCUAUCUGCCCUCACCUCCAGCACGGUGAAGUACGAGCCUCCGUUCCUGGGCCUCAUUUCCAACUUGAAGGUGGGCGAGAUGCCUCCGACUCUGCUCAACAGCCAAGGAAUUCAGAGCGACCUGGAGUACUUGUGUACCAAGCAGAAUCCAUGUCUCAAUGGAGGGUUCUGUGUUGUCCAGUUUGGAGAGGUGCAUUGUGAUUGCUCUCACACACGUUUUAGAGGGAAAUACUGCAAGGAAGAAGAUUACCCCGUGGAAGGUCUGGCGCACCUGACGUUAAACAGCCAAGGUGAUUCAUCCCAAGUGGCAGGUAAAGAAGAAUCAGUGGCGACGUUCAAAGGCAACGAGUUUUUCUGCUAUGACCUGUCCAUGACCCCCAUCCAGAGCAGCACGGACGAGAUCACGCUGUCCUUCCGAACCCUGCAGCGGAAUGGCCUCAUGCUCCACACGGGCAAAUCAGCCGAUUACGUGAACCUGUCGCUGAAGAGCGGUGCCGUCUGGCUCGUCAUCAACCUCGGCUCCGGCGCUUUCGAGGCACUCGUCGAACCCGUCAACGGCAAGUUUAACGACAACGCCUGGCACGACGUCAAGGUCACGCGAAACCUGCGGCAGGUAAGAGAGCGCAUCAUGGCUUUGUCUGAUAAGACAUACAUCACCAGGAUGCUUUAG